ACUGACAAUAACUAUUUCACUUCUGCUCAAAGCACGCACUGAAGAAAAACCAGCUAUGCUUUCCACUCCUCUUUGGACACAGAAUCUCUUUGAACUAGAAUGUUUGUUCCUGUUGCUUGUUCAGCUCUUCAGUCAAGUCCUCCUAGUCCAUCCUACCUGCUUCUUUUGGGGAGAGGUAAGGCUUUGACAACAGCAAAGGUCUUGUUUUCAGGCAGCAUUAGAAAAAAUGGAUCUUCUCAUGUGACUCUCUUAAUAUUAAACAUUUGGCCAAUAGCUGCUACUGCAAUCAGUUUGAGGCCUCGUGAUGGGACUUAACCCCCAUCACCUGCAAGGCUGGCAAAUGCACCCAAUUAGUCAGGUUUUCUGCCUGGAGAGGUGAGUAGCUAACUGGCUCCCGGCCACAGAGGGCAGAGCUAUUCUGUCAUAAGAGGACUGAAGGAGCUCAGUUGGGGAAGAGACUGCAGGGGAGACAGGUUUCUCUGUCAGAGAGGAACCCAGGGCGAGGGUUUAACAGGAGGACAAAGGGAGCAGCCCACUACUGGGGCAGGGUGGGAAGCCCUGAGGUAGGGUUUGCGAGUAGAGAGGGAGGAGUUCAGUAGCUGAAAGGGGCAGAAGAAUUAUUCAGGUUCAUUUGGUGUUGUUAGCGAUACCCUGAAAGGGGUUUGAACUUUGUGACCGGCCCAGCAGCUAAGCCACGGAAGGUCUGGAGCCAGAGGCAGCCAGCCAGCAGGUAGCACUGACGCUGAUACCAGUGACGUUACGCCUGGACGCAAGGGAGCGCUCCAAAGAGUUUCAAUGUUCUGACUUGCUCUAAGAUGAAGGUAUGGAAGUUUGCAGCCAUUGCCUCGAUGCUCCUCAGUUCCAUGUUGUCCAUUUUAGUUUGUAGAGACAUGCUCAACGGAAGCCGGAAAUACAGCCCCUUCCCUUCCUCGCCGUCAAGGUCAGCCUCCUCUUCUGCCUUGCCUGUAGGCCAGCGGAGAUCCCCACGAGCCCUGGAGCACCGUGACCCACUGAUCUCUCAAUACAGUACCUUGUUUGAAAGCUACACGGAGGGGGAAAUCCGACAGCUGAUCUCCACGCUGGUCGAGAGGUACAGCCAGUCCAUGAACUCCGGGGGGCAUGAGCUGCCGCUCUUCCCCAAGCCUGGGAACCGCAUGAAGCGAGCCCGGGCCCGUCACAAACCCUGUGCCCUGAAGGAGCUGGAGGUGAGCGUCAGCGAGCUGGGCCUGGGCUAUGAGUCAGACGAGACCGUGCUGUUCCGCUACUGCAGCGGCACGUGCGAGACGGCCGUCAGGAACUACGACCUCUCCCUGAAGAACAUGAGGCUCAAGAAGAAGAUCAAAAAGGAGAAGGUCAGAGCCCGGCCUUGCUGCAGGCCUCUCGCGUACGACGACGACGUCUCCUUCCUGGACACUUACAACCGCUACUACACCGUCAACGAGCUGUCGGCCAAGGAAUGUGGCUGCGUGUGAAGCGGGGAAAGGGAACCUGGGAAGGUUGAUGUCGGUAAGGCAGCGCCCCAAAAGCCAAGAGCGCGAGGGCCUAAAGGGAUAUUGCUGCGCUCCGAGAGCGAACGGAACUAAGAGGGGACCCAGGCUCAGAGAGUCAAGAAGGCAACUGUUUCCAAGUCUACCUCAGUUCUGUGGUUGGACUCUAGGGGCAACAGGGAAACUCUUGAUGCCGGGUUGUGCUUUGAGAGAAAUCGAGGAGCCUUUCGACACUUCGACAGGUGUCUCCGCGCUCCCCCCACUGGCCCGGUGCCCCUGAGCGUUGGGAUGCUCUAAGAAGGAGGAGCUGGGGAAUGGAGAAGAAGGAGGAAACACCUGCUGAUUUCCUCAGGGAUGCCGGCAUCCGUCACGCCAGCCUGGCAUCCACGUGUGCUUUUAUUUUAUUGCUCGCACAAAGGGAUUUAGCAGGAAAGCUUUGCCGGCCAAGUAUUUCAGAUCCAAAAGGUGCCACUCGUCCUUGUCUUUGGAUGCAAUUGGACGGCCAGCUCCGAAACUGCGAUCCAGUCGGAAAGGAGGAGUCAGAUUGGCAUCCACAUUCCUAGUCCUACGAAAACUGAGGCCUCUUCUCAGAGGCGCCCCUCCGAGACGGAUUGCGGCCUAAAGAGAAUUGCACCAGGGCACCGAGUUCACGUGGAUGGAACCUUUUUGGGUGUGGAUAAAUGAUUGAACGGUCAAGAAAUAUUCUUUUAUAUCCUAAGAUCAUAUCUUACCCUUAUUUUAUUGU